AUGUGCAUCGGCUGGAAAAAAAUGUACCUCUGCGCCUGCGUCUCCCCGCCGCACAUCGACCGCUGCCGUCAAGCCUACGUCACUGGACACCUCUGCCAGGACAUCGUCCAAGAAGAAUAUCCUCGCAAAUCAUACUUUAAAUGCUAUGAUUGCAUCAAGUUUGAGGUGUGGAACGACCGCGAGGAGGCGUCCCGAGCUGCAAAUCAGGCUGAAGAGGAGAAACGAAUGGCGGAGGAGAAAAAGCAACAGGAGAAGAAAAAGGCGGAGGAGAAGGCUCGACAGGAGCGCAUUCGACGUGAAGCUGAGGAGAGGGCUAAGCGGGAGAGGGAUGAGGAAGAUAGGGUUAAGGAGAUGAAGAAAAUUCAGGAGGAGAAGGAUAGACAGGCGGGCGGGAAGUGGGAAGCUGCUGGGGGGAACAAGAAGGGGAAGGGGAGGAAAGGCGGUGGCCGAGUCUUGAGUCCCGUCGGUGCGGGUGCUGGCCACGGAGACUUGGGUCGCAGUGGUGGAGCAGUUAUGAGUCCUACUGGCUCUGGACCUGGUCUUGGUGGUCGUAGAGAUGGUCCAGUGCCAAAUCAGACUGUCUUUAAGGCUUUUCCCGGUGGGCCUGGUUGCCCGGUACCCGGAAAAAGCGGUAUCCCGGGAGUUCUCCCCGUCGGUGCUGCCGGUAUUGCCGUUCCUAGCAGUCCUGCCAAAGUUGUCGGCAAUGCUACGGCUGAUCCGCCUGGGGUGGACCGGGGCGGUCGAGCUGGUCAAUGGGGUCCUAGUGGGGUAAAUGGCGUUCGGCGUAAGCCAUGA